UCCGUUUUCAAAAAACAUCCGUCUUGUGCUCAUUUUAACAUAUCGAUUGCUUUAAAGUUGUCACGACCUAACAUUAUGUAAAACAUUUAUUUGAACGAGUUCUGAGAGGUGACAAAUUCUACUUGCAAUAGAAAAGUUAGCUGUUAGAUUUUGGAUUUGUCUGUCUUGGUGGUUUCCUCCAACAACAAGGGGGAACCAGUCAUUCGUUGUUGUUGUUAGUCCGACACAGUGCGAGCGGAGUCACAUUAUCCCGCUAAACUAAGUGAUCUUGCAGUAGCUCCUACUCUAAAUCGCGGUAGCUCCUACUCUAAAUGUCGGAUACAUGGAGCAACAUCCAGGCACACAAGAAGCAGCUGGACUCGCUGCGAGAGAGACUGCAGAGGCGACGGAAAGACCCCACGCAACUCGCUGCAGAGGUGGGAGGCAGCAGUACUGAAGGGGCUGCAGCGCGGAGUGAGAGUCCCGGACCAGCCCUCCAGAGUCCCCCACAGGAGGAGGCUGAACGUCCCCCGGACCCUGAACUAGAGAAGAGACUCCUGGGUUAUCUGUCGGACCUGAGCCUCUCACUGCCCACUGACUCCUUGACCAUCACUGAUGAGCUCAAUACUUCUGAAGUGCCUGUCACCCAUGGCUGCAUCCAGAGUCUGCUGCUCAAGUUCUCUGCCCAGGAGCUCAUCGAAGUCCGGCAGCCAUCCGUGGCCACCUCCCCCUCUUCUUCCUCAACGCUCGUCAUCUCCGUGGACCACACAAAACUCUGGGCCAUGAUUGGGGGCGGGGCCUUAGGCCAGAGGAAGAGGAAAGCAGAGGACCAAGCCCACCAUAAACGUCCGCCAGGUUCCUCCCCUGCUCUCCAGAGCCCGCCCUCCCCUCCGCCCACUUCCUCCAUCUCCCUGGCACCGGCUUCCUCCUCCCAGCUGACCGGGCCCUCUGAUUGGAAGGCUGGAGGAGGAAGGGGCGGGGCAGAUAAACAGGGCAGGACCAGUAAAGGGCAGACGUCUCACCUGGACAUGGAGAUAGAGAGCCUCCUGAACCAGCAGUCCACCAAGGAGCAGCAGAGCAAGAAGAUGAGCAGAGAAAUCCUGGAGCUUCUGAACACCAGCACAGCUAAAGAGCAGUCCAUCGUUGAGAAGUUCCGCUCACGCGGUCGGGCUCAGGUCCAGGAGUUCUGUGACCACGGGACCAAAGAGGAGUGUACGCGGUCUGGGUUCACACCCCAGCCCUGCACCAAGCUGCACUUCCGACGCAUCAUCAACAAGCACACAGACGAGAGUCUUGGAGACUGCUCCUUCCUCAACACCUGUUUCCACAUGGACACCUGUAAAUACGUGCACUAUGAGAUCGACGCCCCUCCAGAGGCAGAGGGGGGCCUGAUGGGACCCCAGGCUGGGGGCAUGGAGGUGGGACUACACCAGGGGGAGGAAGACAGCAACGUGGGGAAACUGUUCCCCUCUCAGUGGAUCUGUUGUGACAUCCGGGUCCUGGACGUUUCGAUUCUGGGGAAGUUCUCUGUGGUGAUGGCUGACCCUCCCUGGGACAUCCACAUGGAGCUGCCCUACGGAACUCUGACGGACGAUGAGAUGAGGAAGCUCCACAUCCCCGUCCUCCAGGACGACGGCUUCCUCUUCCUCUGGGUGACUGGCAGGGCUAUGGAGUUGGGUAGAGAAUGUCUGAGUCUUUGGGGCUAUGAGCGUGUUGAUGAGAUCAUUUGGGUGAAGACCAACCAGUUACAGAGAAUCAUCCGUACCGGGAGGACUGGUCACUGGCUAAAUCAUGGGAAGGAGCACUGCUUGGUGGGCGUGAAGGGACAGCCCCAGGGAUUCAACAGAGGGCUGGACUGUGAUGUCAUCGUGGCAGAGGUGCGUUCCACCAGCCACAAGCCAGAUGAGAUUUAUGGAAUGAUUGAGAGACUCUCACCUGGUACCAGGAAGAUUGAGCUCUUUGGCAGACCUCACAAUGUCCAACCCAACUGGGUAACUCUUGGUAAUCAGUUAGAUGGCAUUCACCUCUUGGACCCUGAUGUCGUGGCUCGCUUCAAGAAACGUUACCCAGAUGGAGUCAUCUCCAAACCCAAGAACAUGUAGAGAGUGGUCCUAAACGCCUUCCAUGGGGUCAUCGUUGUCAACUACUUGUCCUGUUAUAAACAUGUUAUGUCAUGUUAUGUCACGUUAUGAACUUCGACGCCGAGGGAAAAACACUGAUCAAUGCUCAGUAAGUGUCUGAUGGACUGCCUUCUGUUUUUUAUGUCUUUUUUUGUACCAAUUACAACAUUUUGUAAUAAAUAUGGUUGAAGGAAUA